AUGGUUUCAUUUUUGGAUAGACGUACCCCUGCUUUGUUCCUCGUAUGGAGCUACUGCGUCCUGGCGGACACAGUAUUUUCUAACUUUUCCCUGGACAAUGAGGUUCACUCGAGUUUCAUCCACCGGCGGCUGAAAAGCCAGGAGCGCAGGGAGAUGCAGCGAGAAAUCCUCUCGAUACUCGGGCUCCCACACCGGCCGCGACCGCAUCUCCACGGGAAGCACAACGCGGCCCCAAUGUUCAUGAUGGACCUGUACAAUGCCAUGUCCACGGAGGGGGAAGAGGACGCGUACUCCUAUCCAUACAAACCCGUCUUCACCACCCAGGGGCCGCCGAUAGCAACUCUACAGGACAACAACUUGCUAAACGACGCAGACAUGGUUAUGAGCUUUGUCAAUUUAGUGGAGCACGAUAAGGUGUUUCUCUCGGUCCGGCGGCACCACAGAGAGUUUCGUUUCGACCUAUCACGUAUCCCCGAUGGGGAAGCGGUCACCGCUGCAGAGUUCCGCAUCUAUAAGGACUUCAUUCACGAGUGCUUUGAGAAUGAGACCUUCCGCAUCAGUGUCUACCAGGUGCUGAAGGAACACAACGACAGGGAGUCGGACCUGUUUCUGUUGGACUCGCGGGUCAUCUGGGCGGCUGAGGAGGGCUGGCUGGUGAUUGAUGUGACAUUGACCAGUAAUCACUGGGUUCUGAAUCCUGGACGCAACCUGGGCCUGCAGCUGGCUCUGGAGAGCACCGCCGGUGAGAGUGUGAACCCGCGGAUGGCAGGGCUGAUCGGCCUCAGUGGUCCUCAGAAUAAACAGCCCUUCAUGGUGGCCUUCUUCAAAGCCACAGAGGUGCACCUGCGCAGCAUCCGCUCAGCACCAGGGGGCACCAAACAACGCAACCCCAACCGCUCCAAAGGGGCCAACAAGGGCCAGGAGGCACUCCGAGUGACAAACAUCGCAGAGAACAGCAGUGCUGAUCAGAAGCAGGCAUGCAAGAAACACGAGCUCUAUGUCAGCUUCAGAGAUCUGGGGUGGCAGGACUGGAUCAUAGCUCCAGAGGGCUAUGCAGCUUAUUACUGUGAGGGAGAGUGUGCCUUCCCUCUCAACUCCUACAUGAAUGCCACUAACCACGCCAUCGUGCAGACACUAGUCCACCUAAUAAACCCAGACACCAUUCCUAAGCCCUGCUGUGCUCCCACCCAGCUCCAUGCCAUCUCAGUGCUCUACUUUGACGACAGCUCCAAUGUCAUCCUCAAGAAGUACCGCAACAUGGUGGUCAGAGCCUGUGGCUGCCAUUAG